CUGAUGUGAUGUCUUCAGUUUUGUCCGUCCGUGAUUAGCCACUCCUAUCUCGGCAAUACUUAAUUAGUUAUAAUUUCAUAAAUUUUGCUACGAGAGAUGUAGUUUUGUGAUCUCAAAGGAUUUUGUCAAAGUUUUAUGGCUUAAGUAUCCAAAGACAAGUGAACAAAUUAAAAUGACGGGACGCUCAGGCCGUGGUGUGUUUGGUAAGCUCUUCUCGAAGAAGCAGUAUACUAAAGAUGAGAGAGUUACAGAGAUCGGUAUGCCUACUAAUGUUAAACAACACAUACACGUUAGCAUGAACUCUGAAACGGGAAUGUUAGAAGGGUUACCAUCAUCAUGGCUACGACAGUUAAAUGCCCAAAUAUCGCCUUCGGAACAGAAGGAAAAUCCGAAUGCAGCACUUCAAGCUGUUACGUUUCACAAUUUUCACGUUUUAAAAAAAGAACAGGCAGAGAACGAGCCAUGCAAACCCAUUGUUACAGAAGAAGCAAUUACAAAAGAGGAAUUGGAGAUGAAAAAAUUCUUAGCUAAGAAAAAUGCUCACCAAAGUCAGGAUUCAGAUAUUUCAAUAGGUCAAAGUAGUGAAGAAGACAUUGCUCCUUCUGACACAUUCUCGCAGAGACAAACAAUGCCAGCUGCAACUACUAAGAAUAGUCUUAAAAAGAAAGAUGCAAUGAUGGAUUUAACUGCAAUAGUUGAGGAUUUAACAUUGAUUGGUGCUGAGCCAGAGGAAAGUCCUAUUCUAAGAAAAAAAGAGAUGAUGAAUGCUACCUUAUCUGAUGAAGAAAUAUAUGAUGAAUUAAAAAGAAUUUGUAACAAAGACGACCCAUAUGUACGUUUCCAAAGAAUCAAACAAGUAGGCGCUGGAGCUUCAGGAGUCGUGUUCAUCGCAAUAGACCACAAGGACAACUCCAGUGUCGCCAUCAAAGAUAUUGAUCUAACCAAACAAUCAAAAAAGGAUCUCAUACUCAAUGAAAUUAAUGUCUUAAAAGGUUUCAAUCACAAAAAUCUCGUCAAUUUCCUCGACGCAUUCCUUUGUUACGAUCACCUUUGGGUUGCAAUGGAAUUACUAGAUGGAGGUUCUUUAACUGAUGUGGUUACAGAAGUAGUCAUGAAAGAAGGUCAAAUCGCAGCAGUCUGCCGAGAGACGCUACAAGCAAUAGCGUUUUUACAUUCCAAAGGGACCAUUCACAGGGACAUAAAAUCCGACAAUGUACUUCUUGGCAUGGAUGGAACCGUGAAAGUAACCGAUUUUGGUUUCUGUGCGAACAUAGUGGGUGAUGAAAAACGACAAACUAUGGUAGGUACUCCAUAUUGGAUGGCCCCUGAAGUGGUCACUCGUAAACAAUACGGAAAGAAAGUGGAUGUAUGGUCGCUUGGAAUAAUGGCUAUUGAAAUGAUUGAAGGAGAACCACCAUAUAUGAAAGAAUCUCCAUUGCGAGCUUUGUAUUUGAUCGCGGCCGUUGGUAGACCCAAGAUACCCAGAUGGGACAAAUUGUCGCCCGAAUUUCAAGACUUUUUGGACAAGUGUUUGCAAGUUGAUGCGGAGGAGAGAGCAACGGCGGAUGAGCUGUUAAGUCAUCCAUUCCUGAACUGUGCAAUGGAAUUAAGAACUUUAACGCCUCUCAUUAAAGCAGCACAAAAGAUCCUUCACAAGAACUUCGACUGAACGGAAAGGAUAAAACGUAUCUGUAUUACCUUUUAACUGAUGUACGUAAAUCCAACUCAAAGAAUAUUCCUUCAAAGUAUUGGAAGUCUUUGCAAAAAAAAAUUGUCAUAUGCAUUGCUUUUUGUAAAGAGAAUAACUUCGGUCGAAUUAAGAAAAGUAAGUGCCAAUAUUAAAAUUAGAAAUUUUAUAAAAUUUUGUAUAACAAUGAUAAACAUCUAUAGAUGGAAUUAACUUUUAAAAGAUGCGGUAUAAGCAAAUUAAAAUUUGCAUUUUAUAUACCAUUGCAUAACAUGAACAAAUUUUGCUAAAAAUUUACGAAGAUAAGGAAGAUAAAUCUAAGAUGAAAUACCAUUGACUUUGAUACUAGCAAUAUUCGAAUUGUGUUCAGUAUUCGUAAUGAAAUCGCUAGAUAUUCAUUUUGGCAAAACGCAAAGCGUAUUUUAACUCGGCUUAUCACCAUUCUAGUGAAGAUAGGGUUUUAUCUGCUACUGAUAUAGAUAUACAUAGCACAUCACGCAUAAUAUUCUCUGUCGCGUAUGUGAAGGCUCUAUGUAUGUACAAUUCAAUGCCAUAUUGUGUUAAGUUUUAAGUUCGUUAAAGCUUGUCUAAUAAGCUUUAAAAUUACUUAACGGCUAUUAAAAAUUAUUCUGUCCAAGUAUUCACGAAUUUUAAUAAAUAAGUGUACAAAAAAAAUCGCUUAUAGGCCAUCGUAUCUCGUAAAAUAUUGUCUAUUUUGAUAUUUUUUAUAUAAACAGAUCUACAAUUUUUACAGAUAUCCAUUCUUAUAAUGUUUUUUUUUUAUAUUUGUAAUGAACUAAAAUUAUCACAAAUAAGCACCGAUGUAAAAUAAUAUUGUGACGUUAUCUAACAUAGGACCUAACGCACAUAUUUUCAUAGUGAAAGCGAUGCAAUAUUAAAGCAAAACUCGAGACUACGAAGACUCAUGAUACUAUACUCAAUAAAUAUAUAUUAAAAAUAAUAUAAUCAUACGUUUGAUUCAAAUAAUAAAAUACCGUUAAGAAUUGUAAGGAUUUAACUCCCCUGCGCGCAAAAUACUAAAUAGGUACUUGUUAAACAAAAGAAACGUGGGUGCCUAGGAAGUCGAAAAGCAUCAAUCAGUACAAAUGUUAAACGUUCGAAAAUACACUUUAUGUUUUUCUAUUAAGGUCGAAAUUCUCUUAUCGUAUAUCUGGAAUAAACUAUCAAUUUGCGACGACCACACAUACAGAGAUACGUCGGUCUUUUGCUUAUAAAAAUCGCUUGCUUUUGUGUUCUUAAGGUUAGGAGCAGUUUCUUUAUAUCAAUUUACCAAAAAGCUGUACAUAGUUCGUUAAGUUAGUUAUAAUAUGAUUACAUGUGGCAUUUUGUAUUUAUAAGGUAAAAUUAUAGUUUAUAAUUUAAUUUUAUAUUGCAAAAACUCCUGUAUGAAAGAAAUUCAUAAGACGCUAAAUAUAAGCAUUAUAUUUUUGUAGGCGUGAUGACAGUAUUAAAGAAUUAAAAAAUAAAUGAUUUUAGAGAAGAAUCUAUUUUAAAAGGAUUCUAAAAAAUUAUCCAAUUUUAAUAUACACAUUGAGAUCAAUAAGAUUUUUAGUAAAAUAAAAAUAUAAAAUUCUGCAAUCGGCCAUGUUAUUUGAAACACCAAUCAGAGCGAAUGACGUCACGCCUCAGUAUCUAUAACCGUUUCUCUUGAACAGUUGUUGUCUUUACGCGUUUCAAAAUUAAUUUAAGUUGGUUAUUCGCGUUUUUGUGAAGAAAAUAAAACAUCUAAGAUCUAUCAAUGAUGGAACAAGGUUUUGUUGAGGCAAAUUCCUCUAAUUUACCCAGGAUUUGUUAAUGUUAGGAGAGUUUUUUUCAUCAAAUAAAGACUUGCUUAUCUAAAUUUCGAAAUGUGAAAACUUCCUUGUAAGUACAUUUUUAUUUAUCUUUAGUGUUAUCAUAGGUAUUUUUUUAUGUUAGCUAUAUAGUAUUACUCGCAUAUGAAGAGCCCUAAUAUUUUUACCAGUUUUUACUUUUAAGACAAUAUUUCAUUUAGCUCCACUAGUACUGAAUUUGUGAAUUUACAUAUUUACGAAUACUUCUAUAAAUCUAAAUAUAUGAUAAAUAUAUAAUAAAUUUUUAUUAAUCUCUGCCUCAAUUUGCAAUUUCUUCAAAAUGUUCUGUAACCAUACUUUCUUUUAAUUGCUUUUCAUAUUCUUCAAGAACCAUCAUCUUUCGUUUAUCAUAAGGUCGUUCUGCUUUUGUAGAUUGUUCUUCAAUCUGGUUGGCAAUCGAAUGUAUUUUUACAUAGAAAGACCGCACACCACUUGUAAACUUUGGAAUUCAUUUUUAACCUUAGGAAAUACGCAAUACUUUCUGCCUUUCUUCGUUAAGUAUAGACACAAUACAACGUUUACUGUCGUUUACUGAGGCAUGACGUCACGUGCAGGCGCCAUGACACCUGCGGGUGUUUUCGAGCGAAAUUCAAAAUAGGUAAAUAAAAAUGUAAUUAUUUGCGUAAACUACUAGUUUAUAGAUUAUAGAAAUAAAAUUACUUUCAGUAAUGGUAGAUGUAUACCUACAUUAUAGAAGGUUAUUUCAAAAUCAGUCAUCAUGCCUAUUCUUUUUAAUUUUUUUCUUUCUUUACAUUCCUAUUCUUACAAACUAUUUGAAACGACCAAAAUGUUUUAAUUUGAUGUUUUUAAACUCUGCUUCUAGAUUUAAGGUUUAAUUAAGACUGUAAUGACAUUAUGCUCACAUUCUAUAUCGAUGACUGUUCUUUUAUAAAAUAAAAUUGUAAUGUACAACUUACAAUACAAAAAACCUUAUGAAUAAAAUUUUGUAUUAUGUCUUGUAUUAGUUGUAUCUAUAUUUACUCUCUGUAUAAAUUGCCCGUGCUUUGUUAAAAAAAAGCAAUUGCAAAAAAAUUGUAGGUUUAAAAAAAAAAUUAGGCGCCAAGUUGUUAUUUGCUUGUUUAAUAUUAAAAUAUCGUGCAAUAGAUAUUAUAAAAACAAAAUUCUAAAAGAUUUUCUUUAAUUUUAAAACGAUGUGAUUAAGUGUCAAAGAAAAUAGCGGCCAUCUUGUUUAGUUGUUAAAAAAAAAACUAAUAUAUAUUAAUUAAUAAUUAUAAAAAAUAUUACAAGAUACUUUUAUUUUAGUAUUAUUUUGUAUUAUUUUAUGACAUAAGCAGUCGCCAUAUUAUGUGGAAUCACGUAGGAAAUAUCAGAUAGCGACGGAUUAUAAUGAAAUUGGUGACACUACCAUAAUACCCUCCACCAAGAGUGCCUGCUUUAUAUUAAUUGUAACUGUAUUAAUAUUAGAUUAAAUGCAUUUUGUCGCACAACGAAAAAUUGUGGUAUUGUAUUUAAGCUAGAUCGCUGUAGUCAUAAGUUUAUAUACACCAAUGACACUUUUUGAACAUUUUAUUACUAGAGAUUUGCCUAUUAAAUUAUUUUUGUAAAAGUUAA